UGUCAAAUUCGAUCAAAAUUACAAAACUGAAGUGACAUUAUAAACUUGUUGAAAAAUACGAUUUGAAUAAAUUGUGUAUUACUUGAAAAGUCCCAUCACUAAGCGAUUCAACGUGGUUUAUAGAAACAACAUUGAAAUUAUUUCUAAUAGAAAAAAAAUAAGUGUUUGUUUGUUUGUGAUGUAAAUUAAUAUAUUGCUUGCGUAUGUGUACAAACCUAUUACGUAUUUCUUGCGACAGCUACAAUUUAAUUUGCUUGCGUUCAACUUUUCAAGGUUUCUCAAAGAGCUAAUAGAUUAUAAUAAUGGCUACCGCGGCAAGCGGGACUCACAAUUUCAAAGUAGUUUUACUAGGAGAGGGAUGUGUUGGAAAGACUUCUCUGUUACUGCGAUACAUUGAAGACAAGUUCAACGACAAACAUCUAACUACGCUGCAGGCCACCUUUUUAAACAAGAGACUAAAUAUUAAUGGUAAGCGUGUUAAUCUCUCCAUUUGGGAUACAGCCGGUCAAGAAAAAUUCCAUGCACUGGGUCCCAUAUACUACCGCAAUUCUAAUGGAGCUAUCCUUGUGUAUGACAUUACUGACGAAGAUUCCUUUGGAAAGGUUAAAAACUGGGUGAAGGAAUUGAAAAAGAUGUUAGGCUCUGACAUUGUCCUGACAAUUGCUGGAAAUAAAAUAGACUUGGAACAUGAAAGGACAGUUCCCCUCGAAGAAGCUGAGAGCUAUGCCAACAUGGUUGGUGCUCAACAUUUCUACACAUCAGCUAAACUGAACCAAGGAGUGGAGGAGCUCUUUUUCAAUCUGACAAGAACUAUGAUUGAGAGGCACGAGCAGAACGCUCAAACAGACGUAAACAGAACAUCUCAAGUGUUGGUGGUAGACGACGAAGCAGUUCCCGCCCAGACAUCUUGCUGCUCAGGAAACAGAAGUCAAUGAAUGUCUCCAAAAUAUCUGUUUUAAAUUACUCUUGAUCAGGUUCAGAAAUUUAUUGACUAUUACCAAAUGAGGCCAUUUUCAGUCUAUUUUCAAACCAGCAAGACAGAUUCUAUAUUUCAAACAUAGUAGAAUAACAAAUUUAAAACAAAGCUGAUACCGCCAUGUGGCUCUAAAGCCAGUUUUUAUGUUAUGACCAUAUUCAUGGAAUGUUAAACUGCCAUGUGGUUUUAUCAUGGCCUACAGAUCAACCUCAUUAUGUAAUAAGGAAGUGGCUGUAUGAUGUCAGAUCUAUGUAAUGUAAUUCUAUGUAAAAAUGUAAAAUAUUAUAACUUGCAUAUAUUUAUUUUGAAUACAAAAUGUAGCUACUUUUCCAUUUUUCUUUUUUCGAUGAAUUCAUAAAUAUGUUCCAUAGUUUAUUAUCAUUAAGAAUGGUGCACACUGAUGAGAUAUCUACAUUGUUUAAUAUUAUAGAUUAUUUUACAUAAGAGUGAAGCUAGAAUGCACAUUUUAUGAAUUUGUAAAAAUAUCUUUUACUAUGUGAUAAAUAAAAGCUAUGUCAAAUGUAUUAUCUAUUCAUUAAAACGCUUUUAUUGGACAUUAUUUGUAGACUUACAUGUUAUUGUAAUAGUUAAGGUUAGGGCAAAUUCACUUUUUCUGUCUCUGAACUGUUUUCAAACUGAUUUAUUCGAUCAAAUAAAACAUUAUAAGAUAUUUUUGUGGAAUCUAAAUUGUAACUGUUGAUAAGGUUAAUAUAUAAUCGCAUUUAUCCAAUGUAUAUGUGGCUCAAUAGAAAUUAAAUAUCUUAGAAUCCUUCGUACAACCUGAGGAAUUGACGUUGGUUUUAGUUAAACAAACAACUCUAAUGCUUUAAUUAUCUUCAUUUGAUUAGAUGAAUAAUUUUUAUUUUUUGAUGUUAUUGUUUUUAAGUCAUUAAAUUAAUGAUACGUCAUGUCUUUCUUAUUAUGAGGGCAUAGUGUGAUUAGAACUGUGCCAGAUACCUUUACGUAACUUAUGAGUGUCAAGUCUGAUGAGCCUGAGACAAAAUACAUCAUAUGUUUUUACCUACCAAUAUUUAAUAUUAUAUUUGGGAAAAUCAAGUCAAUACUUACUUUACAAGUUUGUAGUCAAGAUUAUAGGCAUACUUUUAAAUUAAUUUACUUAAAUCUUCCUCUGCACGUUAAAAUUCGUUCUGAUUCCGAUUCGAAUAUUUCUUAUUUUGAUAAAUAUUACUUUUUCUCUUUUGGCUACUUGUUGGUCUCAUAUUUUGUGUGUAACACUUAUCAAGUAUCUUGGUGCAAUUUUGCUGUCGAGUACCUAUUUGAUAAAAUAUGUUAAAAGGAUUAUGCUUAUCUAUUAACUGAAUAUGGGUAUAAUAUCUUUAGGUAAAACAUUCAUUUGAGCAAGCUAUUUAUUAAGUGUAGUUUCAAGUGAUCAUUUAGAAUUCUAUUUGAGAUAGACAACACACGACCCUCUACCCUCAGACUACCCUCUGUAAGUACUAGAUACACAAGCUUCCUUAGCCCGAUGUUUCACCUUUUCUGUGCAACUUGGUGACUAACAAAAUCUCUUUUACGCAAACUUUUCCUGAAAACUGAACCCGUCUCCUGUUGACGCACAGCAGAUUCUAUGUAUACAGGACUGUCUCUUGAAGAGGCUCCUCUAUUUUACAGGUUAAUAUAGUUUAUACCGAGUUUAUGAGUGUUAGCUAUCCUGUUGUCUUUAUAUAGCGUUAAUGUAUACAUUUCUAGUUGUCGUUUCUGGAAUGGAUGAAUACAAAAAAUAAAACACUAUGUUUUUGUUAACGAUAUUCUAAUAUCCACUACUAGUAUAACUGUGACUAAAACGAUAACAACAAACUACAUAGCAUAAGCUAAACAGUUUUCGCUGAAAAUAAACAUAUUUGGUUUAAAACAAUGGCGCACUACAUUUUUCUCUCUUUCAUUGCAAUAAAGUUUUCAAGAAUUUGCCAA